AUUUGUUUUCAACUCAUGCACUGACCGAGUUCUUUGACAACAACAACAGCAACAAGUGAAAGCAACAGCUGCCAAAAUGGAUGCAGAGGCCACAGUGCAAACGCCCACAAAGCAGAGCAACAACAAUAAUAAUAAUAAUAAUGCAAAGGCAACAACAAUUGGCAACGAGGAAGGCGCUGUGAGCGCUGUGGCUGCCAAGGAUAAUGAGAACUAUCAUCCACCUACAAGCUAUCUGGAGACCAUAGUGCACCUGUUCAAGGGCAACAUAGGACCCGGACUGUUUGCCAUGGGCGAUGCCUUCAAGAACGGCGGGCUGCUGCUCGCUCCAGUGCUGACCGUGCUCAUUGCCAUUGUCUGCAUUCAUUGCCAGCAUGUGCUCAUUGCCUGCUCGAGCAAGAUGCGACUGCAGCGCGGGGAUGCAAAGUGCGCGGACUAUGCGCUGACUGUGGAGCAGUGCUUCGAGCUGGGACCGCCGAAGCUGCGUGGCUGGUCGCGCACAAUGGGCAGACUGGUCAACGUUUUCAUAUGUGUCACUCAACUGGGAUUCUGCUGCAUCUAUUUUGUUUUUAUCAGCACCAAUGUGCAGCAGAUACUGCAAGCCUAUGAGAUUAAAGUGGAUGUGCGACUGGUGAUGCUGCUGGCGCUUGCUCCGGUGCUGCUCACUUCGCUGAUAACCAAUUUGAAGUGGCUGACGCCAGUGUCGCUGUUCGCCAAUGUCUGCAUGAUCCUGGGUCUGGCCAUUACGCUUUAUUAUGCGCUCAAGGAUGGACUGCCGGAGGUGCGGGAACGCGCCUACUGGACCAAUGGCUCCCAGCUGGCAUUGUUCUUUGGCACCGCCAUCUUUGCCUUCGAGGGCAUUGCACUGGUGUUGCCACUGAAGAAUGCCAUGCGCCAGCCGCGCCAGUUUGAGAGCAAGCUGGGUGUGCUCAAUGUGGGCAUGUUCCUGGUCUCCGUCAUGUUCAUGUUUGCCGGCAGCGUGGGCUACAUGAAGUGGGGCGAGCAGGUUGGCGGCAGCUUGACGCUGAAUUUGGGCGAUACCAUCUUGGCGCAGUCGGUUAAGCUGAUGGUCUCGGCCGGCGUGCUGCUUGGCUAUCCGCUGCAGUUCUUUGUGGCCGUUCAGGUGAUGUGGCCAGGCGCCAAGCAGCUGUGCCAGCUCCAAGGACGCUCUCUGGCCGGUGAGCUGCUCUUUCGCACUUUGCUGGUGUUGCUCACGCUGGCCAUUGCGGAGCUGGUGCCUGCUCUAGGACUUGUCAUCUCUUUAAUUGGCGCGCUCUGCUCCACCGCCUUGGCUUUGGUAUUUCCACCCGUCAUCGAGCUCAUUGCACGCAGUGAGAACAACAAGGGGCCCGGCAUUUGGAUUUGUCUCAAGAACCUCGUCAUAUUGCUGCUCGCUUUGCUGGGCUUCUUCACCGGCUCCUAUGAGAGUCUCAAUCAGAUCAUCAAAGGAUUUAAGCAGCUACACUGAGAUUCGCUCUGCACAGUUUAGUAGUUUAGCUUUGAUUAGUUUAAGCAUUCAUUGUGCCAUCUUAUUUAAUUGUAAGCAAUGUUUUUUUUUUUAGAAGCAGAGAGCGCGCGCAUUUGUCAUACUACAAAUUAUUUUU